UCGUCAAAGCUAACGGUGAAGUCGUUUAACGGAACCUGUGAACAUAUUGGUCCUUCACACGUCUGAGGCACAGUACUACAGUACGGAAGCAAAAUCCAUGACGACAUUGCGUUUCUUUCCUCCUUUCCAUACAAAAAAUACAAAGUUCUUCUCUUUUCCUCUCCCACGAGUCGUUUUGCACAACAUGGAGAAAUCAUCGUCGGAGCCGGUGGAUUUCCCAUUGUUGGUACGUUCCAAUUACAAAGCUGGCACUAUUCCUUAUAGACUGCCCUCUGAUGAUCCUCUCAAGCCCACUCCCACCGAGCUUUCUUGGAUUAAUCUUCUUCUUGGCACCAUCCCUUCCUUCAAGAAGCGUGCAGCGAGUGAUCCUUCUGUUCCUGAUGCUGCUAAUAGGGCUGAGAAAUUUGCUCAAAGAUAUGCUGAAAUGCUUGAAGAUUUCAAGAAGAAUCCUGAAAGUCAUGGCUGGAGACUUGAUGGAAUUGUAUGUUCUUCUGCUAAAGUUAUUAUCUGCAGGCUUCGUGAGCAAGUACUAAGAGAAUUAGGAUUCAGAGAUAUCUUCAAGAGAGUUAAGGAAGAGGAGAAUGCAAAUGCCAUGACCCUGUUUGAGGAUGUUGUUCGACUUAACGAUGCUAUUGAGGAUGAAGGCAAGAGACUUGAGAAUCUAGUUAGAGGGAUUUUGGCAGGAAAUAUAUUUGAUCUUGGUUCUGCACAGCUUGCAGAGGCUUAUGCUAAGGAGGGAGUGUCCUUUUUGGCUACUUGUCAAAGUCUCGUCCCACGACCUUGGGUUAUUGAUGACCUUGACACUUUCAAACUGAAAUGGAGCAAGAAAUCAUGGAAGAAGGUUAUCAUAUUUGUUGAUAAUUCAGGUGCUGAUAUCAUUUUGGGUAUUUUGCCGUUUGCAAGGGAGCUACUUCGGCAUGGGAUUCAGGUUGUAUUGGCCGCUAAUGAGUUACCGUCCAUUAACGAUGUAACUUACCCUGAGUUAGUUGAAAUUAUAUCAAAGUUAAAGGAUGAAGAAGGACGGCUAAUGGGUGUGGAUACUUCAAAUCUUGUAGUUGCUAACUCUGGCAAUGAUUUGCCGGUUAUUGAUCUUACACGCGUGUCACAAGAAAUUGCAUGCCUGGCCAAUGAUACAGAUCUAGUCAUAUUAGAAGGGAUGGGCCGUGGUAUAGAAACAAAUCUGCAUGCUGAAUUUACAUGUGACUCUCUCAACAUCGGAAUGGUUAAACAUCCUGAAGUUGCAGAAUUUCUUGGGAGCCGUCUUUAUGACUGUGUGUUUAAAUUCAAACAAGUUCCCAGGUCUCAAUGUUGACAAGUUUCUUUUAUUAGCACCAUCCAUUUCUAGAGUGUCAUUCAUAUAUGAAUUAUGCUACUUCUAGUAUAAAGAGAAUUCACACUAAAAAUCAUUGAUUUGGAUAACAUGAAUAAUAUUGGAUUCUGAUUCAUGAUAUUUUAAAAAUGUUGAUUAAA